GGAUGCUGCGGCAGGUUCUGCACAGGGGCUUGAGGACGUGUUUCUCCCGGCUCGGCCACUUCAUUGCCAGUCACCCGGUCUUCUUCGCCUCGGCGCCGGUGCUCAUCUCCAUCCUGCUCGGCGCCAGCUUCAGCCGCUACCAGGUCGAGGAGAGCGUGGAGCACCUGCUGGCGCCCCAGCACAGCCUGGCCAAGAUCGAGCGCAACCUCGUCAACAGCCUCUUCCCGGUCAACCGCUCCAAGCACCGGCUCUACUCGGACCUGCAGACCCCUGGGCGCUACGGCCGGGUCAUCGUCACCUCCUUCCAGAAAGCCAACAUGCUGGACCAGCAUCACACCGACCUGAUCUUAAAGUUGCAUGCUGCUGUGACCAAGAUCCAGGUUCCAAGGCCUGGUUUUAAUUACACGUUUGCCCACAUAUGUAUCCUGAAUAAUGAUAAGACUUGCAUCGUGGAUGACAUAGUGCAUGUCCUGGAAGAGCUAAAGAAUGCUCGGGCCACCAAUCGGACCAAUUUUGCUAUCACAUACCCAAUCACUCACUUAAAGGACGGGAGGGCCGUGUACAAUGGGCAUCAGCUUGGAGGUGUCACCGUGCACAGCAAGGACCGGGUGAAAUCUGCAGAGGCCAUCCAGCUCACCUACUACCUGCAGUCAAUCAACAGUCUCAAUGACAUGGUGGCUGAGAGGUGGGAGUCCAGCUUCUGCGACACUGUCAGACUGUUCCAGAAAUCCAACAGCAAAGUCAAAAUGUACCCUUACACGUCCUCAUCACUGAGGGAAGAUUUCCAGAAGACCAGCCGUGUGUCAGAACGUUACCUGGUCACCAGCCUGAUCCUGGUGGUCACUAUGGCCAUCCUCUGCUGCUCUAUGCAGGACUGCGUCCGCAGCAAACCCUGGCUAGGUCUGCUCGGGUUGGUGACCAUAAGCCUGGCCACUCUCACUGCAGCUGGAAUCAUCAAUCUUACUGGUGGGAAAUACAAUUCCACCUUCCUGGGAGUCCCUUUCGUCAUGCUAGGUCAUGGAUUAUAUGGGACUUUUGAAAUGUUAUCCUCCUGGAGGAAAACUAGAGAAGACCAACAUGUUAAAGAGAGAACUGCAGCAGUCUAUGCGGACUCCAUGCUCUCCUUUUCUCUCACCACUGCCAUGUACUUGGUCACCUUUGGCAUAGGGGCCAGCCCUUUCACGAACAUUGAGGCAGCCAGGAUUUUCUGCUGCAAUUCCUGUAUUGCAAUCUUCUUCAACUACCUCUAUGUACUCUCGUUUUAUGGUUCCAGCCUGGUGUUCACUGGCUACAUAGAAAACAAUUACCAGCAUAGUAUCUUCUGUAGAAAAGUCCCAAAGCCUGAGGCAUUGCAGGAGAAGCCGGCAUGGUACAGGUUUCUCCUGACGGCCAGAUUCAGUGAGGACACAGCUGAAGGCGAGGAAGCGAACACUUACGAGAGUCACCUAUUGGUAUGUUUCCUCAAACGCUAUUACUGUGACUGGAUAACCAACACCUAUGUCAAGCCUUUUGUAGUUCUCUUUUACCUUAUUUAUAUUUCCUUUGCCUUAAUGGGCUAUCUGCAGGUCAGUGAAGGGUCAGACCUCAGUAACAUCGUAGCAACUGCAACGCAAACCAUUGAGUACACUACUGCCCAGCAAAAGUACUUUAGCAACUACAGUCCUGUGAUUGGGUUUUACAUAUAUGAGUCCAUAGAAUACUGGAACACUAGUGUCCAAGAAGAUGUUCUAGAAUAUACCAAGGGGUUUGUGCGGAUAUCCUGGUUUGAGAGCUAUUUAAAUUACCUUCGGAAACUCAACGUAUCCACUGGCUUGCCUAAGAAAAAUUUCACAGACAUGUUGAGGAAUUCCUUCCUGAAAGCCCCCCAAUUUUCACAUUUUCAAGAGGACAUCAUCUUCUCUAAAAAGUACAAUGAUGAGGUCGAUGUUGUGGCCUCCAGAAUGUUUCUGGUGGCCAAGACCAUGGAAACAAACAGAGAAGAACUCUAUAAUCUCUUGGAAACCCUGAGAAGACUUUCUGUCACCUCCAAGGUGAAGUUCAUCGUCUUCAAUCCAUCCUUUGUGUACAUGGAUCGAUAUGCCUCCUCUCUGGGAGCCCCCCUGCACAACUCCUGCAUCAGUGCUUUGUUCCUGCUAUUCUUCUCAGCAUUCCUGGUGGCAGAUUCCCUGAUUAAUGUCUGGAUCACUCUAACAGUUGUGUCCGUGGAGUUUGGAGUGAUAGGUUUCAUGACAUUAUGGAAAGUAGAACUGGACUGCAUUUCUGUGCUAUGCUUAAUUUAUGGAAUUAAUUACACAAUUGACAAUUGUGCUCCACUGUUAUCCACAUUUGUUCUGGGCAAGGAUUUCACAAGAACUAAAUGGGUAAAAAAUGCCCUGGAAGUGCACGGGGUAGCUAUUUUACAGAGCUACCUCUGCUAUAUUGUUGGUCUGAUUCCUCUUGCAGCUGUGCCUUCAAAUCUGACCUGUACACUGUUCAGGUGCUUGUUUUUAAUAGCAUUUGUCACCUUCUUUCACUGCUUUGCCAUUUUACCUGUGAUACUGACUUUCCUGCCACCCUCUAAGAAAAAAAGGAAAGAGAAGAAAAAUCCUGAAAACAGGGAGGAAAUUGAGUGUGUAGAAAUGGUGGAUAUUGAUAGUACCCGAGUGGUUGACCAAAUUACAACAGUGUGAUAGUGUCUGCUUGGUAUAUUUUCACCUUAGGUCUUAUCAAGAGCAAGGAGGUUAUAUUAAUGAAACAAUUAAAUUCAAAUUUGAUCCUUUUUUAAAGGAUACUUAACAGGCAUUGCCAAA